AUUGUUGUUGCUGGUGAUUGUGAGUCUAUGACCAAUACCCCAAAAGCAAGAUUUGGAUAUAAAUAUGGUGAUCAAACUCUGGUAGAUGCUGAAGAAUGUACCGUUGAGCAUAGUAUAAGUCGAGAGGAACAAGUAUGUUUAAUUAUUAAAGUUCGUUAUACGUCAAAUUAUUCAAUUAAAUAA